AUGAUUCUUAAACUACUUUCAUACCUUGGAACCGUGGUUGGUUUCUUAUUCCUCGUGCUUUCUAUAGCGUCAGGAUUAUACUACAUUUCCGAAUUGGUUGAAGAACAUACCGAACCCACCAAGCGAUUCUUGACCAAGUUAAUAUACUUCAUAAUUGCCGUAUUCGUAUUGCUUAUAAUAUUUGAUGGAUUCCCAAUUAAACUCACAUUGCUUUCCAUAUUCUCAUACUAUGUUUACUUGCAAAACCUUAAACGAUUCCCAUAUGUUGAAUUGACCUCACCUAUAUUUUUGAUUUCCUGUGUUUUGGUGGUUGCCAAUCACUUCUUGUGGUUUAACCACUUCCACACCCCAUACAUCCCACCAUUAGAAGUGAGAUUGAAGCCUAAUUAUAAACCACCACAUAUACCUGAGUUCGUGGAAGUAUGCUCCUUCUUUGGGUUGUUGGUGUGGUUUGUUCCAUUUGCGUUGUUUGUUAGUUUGAGCGCACAUGAUAAUUUGUUGCCUCACCAUGUCGAAUCUACUCAAGAUACUGAACGCAAGAAAAAGAACGGGUUAGCCAAAGUUGUGGUUAGUCGCAUAAGGGACUACAUCUACGCGAUUAGUAGAAAAUUGGGAUACGAAUUGGAUCCUCACCAUGGUACAAUCGUAUAUUGA